CUAAUCAUAAAAAACUCAUUUGUUUACAAAUUCAGUGCUGCAGAGGAAAGCACAAUUUGCAUUAACAUGGAUCCGGCAGUAUUGAUUCUAUCUUAUGGAAGCGUUUCUUCUAAGGAGAUUGCUGAAAGUAUAUUAGGUGAACUGAAGCAGCCCAAAUUGAUAACAACAAAUAUCUAUGAAACAACAUCUGUCAAUUGUUAUAAAUGUGACAUUAUCACCAAAUAUUAUAAUACCAGCAUAUCUUUAAUUCCCUUUGAUGGGAAAUUUGAAAGUGUUCCUCCAGAAAUCAAAAAACGAACUGAAGCUUUAAUCAUUUACUUUGAGCCAUCUGAUAGAACUUUUAUAAAAAAUAUUCCCGGCUUAAAUGACUUUGUAGAAUCAAACGAAAUUCAAAUUGGUUUCUUGGCGACAACUUCGUUUUCUGGCAAAGCAAAUGAACUGAAUGCUGAAGAUCUUAGAGAACACACAAAUGUAGUAUUCGAUAUUGUUUCUUUAAAAGAGGAUGACGAGGAUGCAGACGACACUCAAGGCUUAAAUUAUUCAGAAAUCCUGGAAGGGCUAAAAAAUUGUGUGUGGUCAAACGUAAAAAUUGGUUCAAACCGCAAUCAAUCUGCUGAUCCGGAAGAAUUGGAAAACCAACUGAACGAUUUUGAAAAUUUGCUUAUUACUGCUCAAACACUUCGUAGCGAUCCCAAUUUAUCGAGGGAAGAAUUACUAAAUAAAGCCGAGCAAUUAGCCGAGGUUAUGUCAGCAAUAUUAAAUGAUAAUGACAGUGAUUAAUUGUUGUUAGUUAAAAAAUAUUUGUAAUAAAUAAAAACAUAUAAUACUUUAUCAAAAUAAA